AUUUUAUUUUCAAUAACAACAAUAACAAAAAGAAAGAAAAAAGUUGAGCUCUGUUCAUAUAUAUACACAGCUAUUCCCCAGAACCAAUAACAAUUCUUCUCUUUGCUUCCGUCUCUAUCUUUCUUCUCCGAUUCGCCGGAGGAUUACGUCACUCAUCGGAUCAACAACGUCAUCUCGCCGCCGAUUCACUUAACUUUCCGGCAAGAUCUGUUAAUGUUAGAUAAUUGAAGGGAGAAUUUGGAUUGUUAGAAGUUCAUUUGAGAACUUUUGGGGGUGAAUUUGCUAUUUUUGGACUUUAUGAAUUAAGGAUUGAAUUUGAGAACUUUAGGGGUGAAAUUGUUGUUUUGAAUUUUGUGAAUUAAGGUUUGAGGGAAAAUUUUGGAUUAGUGAAAGCUAUUUUGAGAGGCUUUGGGGUGAAUGAUUCUGAGCUUUGUGAAUUAAGGGCUGAAAGCUUUUGGGGUUGAUUUGUAAUUUUGAGCAUGAUGAAUUAAGGUUGGUUGAGUAUGGAGGGUAAUGUAAGAUCAGGGGGUGUAGUGAAGAAGAAAGGUUCAUCUGGAUGUUUGAUAAUUAAGAAGAAAGAUGAUAGAAUGGGUAUGGGUAGUGGGGGUGGGAGUGGUGUAAGGGGUUCAGAGAAGGUGAAAAAGAGGGUAAGAAUGGUUGAGAGUGAUUCGGAGUCGAGUGAAGAGUCGUUAGAGCCAAUUAGGAGAAAGGGUGGUGAGAAAUCUCACAAUGGAUCAGGUGGAAGUGUAAAAAGUGGUGUGGAAAGUAGAGAAUUUGGUAGGAAUGGGAAAAUGGAAAGUGAGAGGAAGAGAAGUAAGUUAGAUUUGUUUGAUUUUGAUGAAUACGAUGAAUUUGAGGAGGAGAUGAAGUGGAAUGCUGCAAGAACUGGGAGUUCUAGUAGGAAGCUAAUGAUUGAGAAGAGGAAGCACUCUAAUAUUGAUAGUUCUAGUAGCUUGUCAGCUAGUAGGACUAAGGGUGAUGAGUAUGAUGUUAAGAAAAAGCAUGGUUUAGAUGAUGACGAUGAAGCACAUAUGCCAAUUUCAUUCCUUAGGUUGAAAUCUCAGGAAUCAUCUCAAGAACCAAUCAGAUAUCAAGGGAAAAAUGGAGUCUUGAAGGUAAUGGUGAAUAAGAAGAAGAAGAUAGAUUUAUCACUCAAGGAUUAUGAUGUUGAAAGUAGGAAAGGUUCCAGCUCUGUAGAUGUUGUCCAGAAGAAUUUGUCAGGCCAAUCUUCUUUAUACUCAGAUUCUAAAUCCCCUGAAAAGCGACCAUCGUCCAUUAAAACAGAGCAAGCUGAGCUGAAAUCACAAAAACCUUUCUUGGGAAAAGGCAUUAAGUCUAUAGACGCUGGAACUGAUACAUCACUUAAGUUGGCACUGCCCAGUAUGCAGCCUGCUAGCUCAAAGGCGAGGGGGAUUAAGGAAGAAAGCAGGUCCGUAGAAGCUGAAGAUGUAACCCCUGCUAAAAGAAAAGAAGGAAAAUUGAAACGGCGUAUGGAGAAGCAGCCGCUUCAGCCUGCUAAAUCAAAGGCGAGGGUGAUUAAGGAGGACAGCAGGUCCAUAGCGGCUGAAAAAGCUACCCCUGCCAAAAGCAAAGAAGGAAAAUUGAAACGAGGUGGGAAUACUGAGAAGCAGCAACUGCGAGAGAGAAUAAGAGGAAUGCUUAUUGAAGCUGGAUGGACCAUUGAUUAUAGACCGAGAAGGAACAGAGAUUACUUAGAUGCAGUGUAUAUUAAUCCUAGUGGAACAGCAUACUGGUCAAUAAUUAAGGCGUAUGAUGCACUGCAAAAACAGUCGGGGGAAGAUCCAGGAAAAAGUAAACGUGAUGGUGGUUCUACGUCAUUUGCUCCAUUAGCUGAUGAUUUAAUCAAUAAGCUAACCAGGCAAACACGGAAGAAGAUCGAAAAUGAAAUGAAGAAGAAAAGAAAAGAGGAUGCUAAGAACCGCGAUUACAUGAAGCCUAUUGAAGAGUCUUCAGAGGACACAGAUGAUGAUCAGCAUGAGGAGAGGCUAAGCAGCUACGUAAAGAAGAAAGGUAAGGUUCUGAAAUGCAAAUCUCGUGCAACAGAUCAGGAGAGUGAUGGUGAUACAAGUGGUGAUUCUUCAAAGGGAGGAAGAUCUAGGCAAGAUAUGUCUGGAAAAUCACCUAUUAGAGCUGCUUCCAGUGCAAUACAGGAAAGAAAAAGUAGGAUAAUUGGGCGAUGUACGUUGUUGGUUCGCAGGUCUGAUAAGGAGCAAGAUUCUGAAAACGAUGGCUAUGUUCCUUAUACCGGAAAAAGAACCUUAUUGGCCUGGAUGAUUGACUCUGGGACAGUGAAUUUAAGUCAGAAGGUUCAAUAUAUGAACCGUAGGAGGACCAGAGUAAAGCUAGAAGGUUGGAUCACGCGAGAUGGCGUCCACUGUGGUUGCUGUAGUAAAAUCCUUCCAGUUUCAAAAUUUGAGCUCCAUGCAGGAAGUACAUUGCGUCAACCAUAUCAAAACAUAAUAUUGGAGUCUGGCAUUUCUUUGCUGGAGUGCUUGGUUGAUGCAUGGAAUCGGCAAGAAGAAUCUGACCGCCAAGAUUUCCACACUGUAAAUGUCGACAGCGAUGACCCUGAUGAUGACACUUGUGGUAUAUGUGGUGAUGGUGGGGACCUUAUCUGUUGUGAUGGUUGCCCUUCAACUUUUCAUCAGAGCUGUCUGGGUAUACAAAUGCUUCCUCCAGGCGAUUGGCACUGUCCAAAUUGCACAUGCAAAUUUUGUAAGACUGCCAGUACUGUCAUAGAGGAAAGCGAGGGAGUUGUAGAUGAGCUUCUCUGGUGCCGCUUUUGUGAGAAAAAAUAUCACAAAUCAUGCAGUCUUGAUAUGAAUUCCUUACUAGCUAGUUCUAAUAAUCCAUCUGUAUCAUUUUGUGGGCAGAAAUGCCAAGAGCUGUAUGAUCAUUUGCAGAAGCUUCUUGGUGUCAAACAUGAGAUUGAAGCUGGAUUCUCAUGGUCCCUGAUUCAACGGACGGAUUUAGACUCUGAUCGUUCUCAUCAUGCCUUUUCUCAACGGGUGGAGUGCAAUUCUAAACUAGCUGUUGCACUGGCUGUUAUGGAUGAAUGCUUUUUGCCGAUCGUGGAUAGGAAAAGUGGCAUCAAUAUUAUUCAUAAUGUUCUGUAUAACUGCGGCUCAAACUUUACUCGGCUGAAUUUUCGCGGCUUCUAUACUGCAAUCUUGGAAAGGGGCGAUGAAAUAAUAUCUGCUGCAUCCAUAAGGAUCCAUGGAACUCAACUUGCAGAAAUGCCAUACAUUGGAACAAGGAAUAUAUAUAGGCGCCAAGGAAUGUGCCGCCGGCUGUUGUCUGCUAUUGAGACGGUCCUCUCCACAUUAGAAGUUCAGAAGUUGAUUAUUCCUGCUAUAUCUGAGCAUAUGCAUACUUGGACUGUAGUUUUUGGAUUUGGUCCACUUGAGGAAUCACAGAGGUUAGAGAUGAAGUCCAUCAAUAUGUUGGUGUUUCCUGGGACGGAUAUGCUCCAGAAGAGGUUACUAAAUGGAGAGACCCUAGAGGCUGGUAUAAAUGCUGGUGAUUCGAAACACAGUGUUCCUCGGUUGCCUGCUUUGGUUGAAAAAGUUGAUGAGGACUCCCCUACUAAGUGCGACGGGAACUUGCAUGAUCAAGCCUGCGUAGAAAAAAUUGAUGACGAUGUUGGUGCUUCUGAUUCUCCAUCUACACCUAUCGAUUUAAGUGAUAGUGCUAUGGUUAGAACACAAGUUGGUGCUUCUGAUUUUCCAUCUACACCUGUUGAUUUAAAUGAUAGUGAUAUGGUUAGAACACAAGGUGCUGAUCGUGGAUUAGAUAUUCAAAUCUCCAGUAAGGAGGUUACAUCUGUCCAAUCCGAUGUGGAGAAGAAGCUUCCUGAACCUACCACAAAAUCGAUCGAGCCUACUAAGUGUGACGGGAACUUGCAUGAUCAAGCCUGCGUGGAAAAAACUGAUGAUGGUGUUGGUGCUUCUGAUUCUCCAUCUACACCUGUAGAUUUAAGUGAUAGUGCUAUGGUUAGAACACAAGGUGCUGAUUGUGGAUUAGAUAUUCAAAUCUCCGGUAGGGAGGCUACGUCUGUCCAAUCUAAUGUGGAGAAGAAGCUGCCUGAAUCAACCACAAAAUCGAUACCCUCCUCUCCUUCCGGUGCAAGUGUAGGAAAUGCUGAUUCAAGAGAUGCUUUAUCGAGUCCUUCCACAGAAGUUGAUGGCCAGUCAUCUGAGCCAGUCCAUCAAAAAUUGUGCAUUUCAUUGGAUGAAGCUUCUGCCAGAAACAUUGAGGUAGAGAAACAGAAUGAGGAGGUUUCAGAUAAUACCUCCAUUGUUGCCAAUGGGAAAAGUUUAUCGGCUGAUAUCAGAGAUAGCUGUUUCCUAGAACCUGCUGUACUAAGUGCAGUUGAAGAAAAUGACAAAACAGAAGUUUCGGUAUGUGUAUCUGCAACUUGUGCGAGUACAAAGCCUGCCAUAAAUGUCCUCCCAGACUCUACGCAACCAAGUACACCUGACGUGCAGAAUGGACGAAAUGCGACUCUAAAGCAAACUUCUGAUAUUAAAUGUUUUGGUGAUGGGGAUGUUAACCUGGAGGAGGGUAAUUUGGAUGCCUCUCCAAUUGGUGAUGGAGUUAGUGAUAAUAAUGGUGCUGAAGUUUCUUCUUCUAAACCUGCAAUUGAUUCCUCGGUUGAAACUUCUUUGGAUGCUUCCCCGGAAAAUAACACUGACUGUCAGCUUUCUCUCUCUCCUGGAUCUCAAGCAUGUGGCUUGAACCCUUCUGCUGGCUGUUCUGAAGCAAAAGUUUUUCUUGAUGAGAAGAUAAUUUACUCUGAGCCUAGUAAGGCAGAAACUCAGGAAGUAACGGUAGUCAGCAGUUGCAGUGGAAAUGUUGAUUCUUCUGCUAAUGUUUCUGCAGAACUUGCUGCUGAAGAAAAGAUUUAGACUCUGGUCUAGGCCUAUUGAUGCAAAUCACACUGACCAUGCUACUAAAUUUCAUUUUAUAGGGUCUUAUGAAGUUGUUUCCCCAUUUGAACUACCUUUGGGUAAUCAAGGUCAUCUGACAUUCCCGAAGCUGAUCGUGUUUUGUCUAUCAAACCAAUUUUGGUUCUUCAGUUGUGUUAUGUUGUAAAGAGAAAAAAAGAAAUGGUUAUUCACCAAGGCUAUUACAAGAAGUGGUCUAGAAAUUGUACAAUUUCUGUGCUGUCAUCUAGUCGGAAGGUUUCAGACAUGUAUAGAAGCUUUUGGUUGGAUGCGCUGAAACCAAUAUUAAUGCGCUGAGGAAGUUGGGGCACUUGGUGCCUUCAGGAGCUGGUGUAAUGGAAACUGUAUCUGCAGCAGAUCUAUCAGCAUAAUGGAGUGUCUCUAUAUAUGGUAGUUUGGCAGUACAAUCAGCCUAUUAGUAAGUAUCUCUAUCUAAAGGGUAUGUGAACUGUACCUCAUGGAUAAGGCAGCAAAUUUUGUGGACUCCGUUGGUGUAAGACACUCACGAAAGAUUUUGAAUGUACAUACGUAGUUUUGUGUAGAUCUAGUAUUCUGUUACCGAGGUCCUCAGAAGAUCCUCUUGUAAUUCAUCAAUUGAAAAUGAUAAUAGCACUAUAGUAUCCAAGUUUCUGGUUAACUUCUCCAUGAUGAGAUCCCCAAAUCUUGUUAGCAACGCAGACUCUUGUGAGGUACAUAUAUUUCACAUAUUGGAUGGUUUUUAGUUCAUGUUUUUCUCCGUAAAGUGUAAACUCUUUAUGGUGCUCAUUUCAGCAGAUAUACAAAGUUUUGUUUUUCUUUC